AUGAAAUUACAAAUUAUUUUACAUGAUGCAAAUUUGUAUGAAGAUGAUAAAUUUGAAGUAGAAUUGGAAGAUAAAAUAAAUGAUAUAUAUAUACCAGAAGAGAUCUUGAAAGAUCUUGAUGAAUUUAUUGAAGAUUUAAAUAUGGAUUUAGAAGAAGAAACUAAUGAUAAUAAUGAUAUUAGAAAUGAUACUGUAGAAGCAGAUAAUGCAGAAGAAGAUUAG